AUGAGUUUCUCGCCGCACGAACACACAGGCGUGGUUCCAGCGCAAAAUCAUACUCCAUCAUGUGGGAAUGAAGUACUCAGUCAACGACCCCCAUCGUAUGCCUCUCAUGAGACGGAACCGCUGCCCCCAUACGCGCCCCCGGAAUACACCCGCGCGGCCCGUGUCCCAUCCACAAUUCAGCCUGCGACGUCCAAGAUCCCCUCUGCGCUGAACGGAUACUGGCAGUGGAAGCUCACCAGGACAAUCCUGCUUGGUGUAUCGGCAGAGAAGACGCUAUUUGCCGUCUCCACCCACACCCAUGUGUUCAGCAAUCGACAGUCGAUCGUCCUUCAUGACGGGCCAAGCGGUAAACACCCAGCGUUGGCGACCCUGGAGAGCGACAUCACUGGGAGCAAGCGUCCCUGCACCAUUACGGUCCCACCGCACCGGGAAGCGCCCUCGCAAGGACCCGUGGUUGUGGAGUUUCACGCCAACCGCGAACGGAGGUACCAUAGGGAGCCGUCGUUCUCAUUUUCGUGUAUCGUUGGCGAGGGCAAGGGGGCGACGGAGGAGGAGUUCGAAUGGCGGCGCAGUCAUGGGAAGGAAAUCAAGGAACUGGAUAAGUAUUCAUCUGGGUGGAAGUUGGUGCGGAUGUCUGCUACCAUUGCGACUCACGACGUUGUCGCACUUCUGGCGCACAACUCGUCGAUGAGUAUGACCAAGGCGUUUCGGUUUGCGCUUCGGGGAUCGGGGCUGUUGGGCAUCAUGGGCCGGGACUGGGAGGUUGUGGCUCUGAUUUCUGCGGUGCAUAUGUUCAAUCUCGAUCUGCAGACGGCGGCGACAGUAGCGGCUACUACAUAG